AUGUUAAAACCCCAGCAGCACCGUGAGCUUCUCCUGCACGAGUCCCCACCGCCGGUUUUUGGGAAGCCGUGGUACUGGCAGCGUGACAGCAGCGCCAUGGAGAGCACGCGCAGCCUGGCGCAGGUCAUCAUGGAGAUGCGCGAUGAGAUCAAGAAGCUGGAGGCGGAGAACCGAGAGCUGCGGGGAGACUACGGGCAGCGGGCAUUUGGGGCCGUACCAGGUGAAGCCAGACCGGUGUCUUCAGCUGCAGAGCAGCGGGAGGGAGCGGAGGAAAACCCGUAUGUGAACCUGAGGCGGAAUGCGUCUGCGCCGGUGCUGGAGGGACAAUACAAAGAGCACACUGUCAUGACUGUCCGAAGGUACUCUAUAAGCUCCAACCUGUCUGGUGUGACCAUGACAGAGGGAAGGACUGACAGGGCACAGUCGAGUGACUCUGGAUGGGGAAGACUACAGGAAGAGAUCCAGCAUGGUAAUGACAUCUUUGGUAACUCGGCCAGAGGAGAAGUGGGAAAAGCUACCAACAGGCACUCCCUGCAGGAGUAUGUACACAAAAACAGGGCCAAGGUAAAAACUGUCACGUUCCUUUUACCUGUGGAUGACAUUUACACCAACCGGCCAGUUCUGACCAAGCACCGGGAGGAGCCUAAAAUCAGUGAGCUGGCCUCCAUAACUGAGACAGAGUCCUGAGGGAAGCAAAACUUUUAAAGACUUUGGAUGUGGCCAUGAGACAAAAACGCACACAUGAAACGAGCCUAAAACAGGUUAGCCUCUUCAUUUAGGUCAGCGUGGAUUGGGCUGUUAAUGAGCGAGCCAGCAGACCGAUUUUAUCACACCUGACCACACAAACAGAAGACUCUGGUUACAGGUGUCUUUUUCAUCCGGCCAUCGCAAUCCAGGCCCGGUUAACGGUGAUGAGACAUGGGGCCCUCUGCAGCACGGAUCAGAUGUCUGGACUCCUCUCGAGACCUGGGGUGUCGUUUCGGAGUGAGACACUCACCUGCAGGUGACGGCCCUUUUACGGAGAGCUCUGGUCACUCGGGCCUCGUGAGCAGCAUCAGACUCAUUAGUUAUUUAUCUUUGUUUCUUUUCACCAUGUAAACUGAAAUGUGUCGGCAAGGGGCUUUGUUUGUGUUUAAACAUGUGACCUAUUUCUUCACCAUGAUUCUAAGAAGUGUAUUAUUUUAGUACACGUUGCACACUGUAUUCUCUGCUGUCAUGAAUGGAGGGGUCCUUAUAAAUAUUCCAGUGUUAAAGUCAUUAUAAGCUAUUACAUGUGAAAUACAAAGU